AAGGGGAGAAAAAUGAAAAUGGCGGGUCCAAGACGUUGAACAGAACAACCCUAACUCCAUUCAUACGUUGAUUCAUUGAAGACCAGACGCGGUUAAAAGGGUGAAAUAUGAAUGGUCAGUGUAUAUAUAUCUAUAUAUUCACAUAAGAAAACCCCAAUACCAAUAUCGACACUCGAGAUCUUUUGUAUUCUUAAAGCCUUCUCCUUCCUCCUUUCGCUCUCCGCCAUUCCUCUUGUUUCAAACAAUCAAAGCCUUCUCUGUGCCUUUUCUUUCUCUCUUUCGUAACUCGCAAGAUUCGCUCCCAGCACGCUUUUGGAUUACAUUUCCCACCUCGAUCGGUUCUAGCCGUUUCUCUUUCUCGGACACAUCACUAUGGAACAGAACUUCUAUGAGCCUGAGGGACACUUCGACUCAGAUGCAGAUGUUUCGAUCAAGAAGUGGAAGUCAAUCUCAACCCUAACUACAGACUCAGAGAAUGAUGAUGGUGGCUUUGACUGCAACAUAUGCUUAGAUUCAGCAAAUGAACCUGUUGUGACUCUAUGCGGUCACCUGUACUGCUGGCCAUGCAUCUACAAGUGGCUUCAGGUUCCAACCACCUCUGAUAAACCAUCCCAUAUGAAGGGAACUUGUCCUGUCUGUAAGGCUAACAUCACCCAUGCUUUGUUGGUUCCCCUCUACGGCCGCGGAACAUCCCAUUCAGAUUCUGAAGGAAAGAAACCUCAGUUGGGGCAGGUCGUACCACGCAGACCAUCGCCUGAGUUGAACACUUUGAUGACUAAUAUUCUCGCUGCAUCAUUGCCGAGACAGCAACUCGAUCCAAAUUAUUUAGAGAGGCAUUCACAGCCUGCUCACGAUCAAUAUUACCCUUCACAGGGAGGUUAUGCCGCGAACUCAGAAUCAUCCGAUCUUGAGCCUUCACAUGGAGGUUUUGCUGCAAACUCAGAAUCAUCUUAUCUUGGGGCUGCAACGAUGACAACUUUAUCCCAUCCAACAAUUGGAAUGGUUGGAGAGUUUGUAUUUGCAAGGAUGUUUGGAAGCUCGGACACAAGUAUAUUUAGUUACCCUUAUAUGAAUUCUUACCCCCCAAGCAGUCCUAGGAUGAGAAGGCAGGAAGUGCAGCUUGACAAAUCUCUCAACAGAGUAACCAUUUUUCUCUUCUGCUGCUUUAUUUUGUGCCUUCUCUUGUUCUGAACAUUUUUGUUUAUAGGUUUCCUUUUGUACAGUUGUAAGAAAUGUUCAUCAUACUGAAUAUACAGACUAUUAGAGAUAUUUCAGAAA